AUGGCCCAGCAAAAUAUAAAAAUGCGCCCGGUGCUUCUGAAGCGGAACAGCCUGGAGUCAGUGGCUUUGGCGAAGCAGCCGCACCACCGCCGCAGCAAGUCUCAGCAGGUGCGGUUCAAGGAAGAUGGGACCGGCAAGCCCCCGCCUGGCCUGGCUGGGGUCGACGUCCACACAACCGAGGACCCGGCUGUGAUGGGCAAGACCCAAGCCCCCAGACACCACCCCCUUCCCGCCUACUCCCUCUCCUUCCCCAGGUCCCAGAAGGCAGGGGGCUUUCGGAACAUGGCAAUCCAAACCUCCCCCAGUCUCAGGAAGCAUUUCCCGAUCUUCAAGAGGAAGAGACUCACAGCCAGUAAGUCCCUGGUGGAAAUGCCAGCAGCAUUCCAAAGUGCCAUCCAGGUCAACGGCAACCUCUCGGAACAGGACGCGGUGGCUUCCGACCUCGCCUGCUUGCGGCUGGCUCAGCAUCUGGAGGACGGGCCUCGAAGGGUCCAGGUGUCCCACCCGUUUCUCCCUCGAAUGUCCAAGGUGCACAGCAACGGGCCGGUGAGCAUAUGUCUGGAAGCAGGAGCUGGGAGAGCCUUGGAGAGAGCAACCGCUGCCAUUCAGGUCCCAGAGGAUAUCUAUCACAGCCCGGCCUGGGCGACUGGGGAGCCCGCUCUCAGCCAGGACAGGUCCGCGGAGAUAAGCAACUCCGUCCACCCAUUGGUGGACCCGUGUCCCGGUGAUGGACGAAGAAUGCUGCCGUCAGAUUCAGAGAGACCCCCUUCCUGCUUGAACACCACCAGCGGUGCCAACCCCAUGCCAGGCACAGGGAAACUUAAACCUGAAUUGCUUUUGCCCAAAGACAACUCUGGUGACACAGACUUUGGCCCACUGUCAUCGCUGUUAAAGGAAGCGUGUGUCCCCUCGCCUCCACGGACUCACGGCUCCCCCUCGCUAGGCUCCCACGGACAGCCAGCCCAUCCAGGAGGGGCUUCGGACUGUUCGUCAUCGAGCAGCCAUCACCAGGACCCGCCGCCACUCAAACCUAACCACCCAUCCAGACCUGCCGCUGCGUGUCAGGAGCGGACCGCAAGGAACCCCACCCAGUCGGACACCCUGGAGUUUCGAAACUGUCCAGGAAACGAUCACCUCCCGUCCUCUCAUCCAAGGAGGGAGACCAAACUUCAGAGCAACAGGGAGCUUAACCAGAUCCACCUGGCCCGGGGCGAGCUCUGCGACCUCCAAGGCCGGCUGCAGUCCGUGGAAGAGUCCCUGCACUCGAACCAAGAGAAAAUUAAAGUCCUUCUGAAUGUAAUUCAAGACUUGGAGAAAGCUCGGGCUCUCACAGAAGGGCGCAACUUUUAUCGAACCGGCCAAGAUCUCAACAAUUGCAGUACCUGCCAGAACACGGCGUGCAUCAUAUACAGUGUAGAAUAUGAUUUUCGGCAGCAGGAAGGCAGGUUCCAUGAAGUUCUACAGAGUCUGGAGGAAGCAGAACCAGUUGAGGAGCCAUGUCCCCCACCAAAGUCCACAGCAGAACCCCCUGUUCCUGAGAAACAGGACUUAAGGCGGAAAACCAAGAAGGUGAAGAAGAAAUGCUUCUGGUGGAUCUGAGUUUGUUGGGACCAUGCACUCUGCCUUCCCCCAAGACCUCCCUGAGAUGGGGACCACUGCCCUCAGGUCUUCUCUGCUUCUUAGCAAAGGACCCAGACCGAGAGCCACUCAACCUGCGAAACCGGAAAGACUCGCGGCUGGUUUAGCUGCUGCGGGACCCCUGACCACCAACCUCACCUGAAUGAGUGCCACUGUUUGCUGAGGGCUUCACGGACCUUAGAGUGACCACUUGCCUAGUUCCCCAUCACGCACGACUAGGCCACAAUCCUGGUUUGCUAGUCUAGGUUCCCACCCUGAACAAAGUCCCCAUUGACUCUCCAACACUUCUAUGAUGCUAAGCACUUCCUUCUCAUCCUUGGUUUGUCAUCCGAAAAAGAAAAAGAAAAAGCAAUGUUAUGUAGAGCAGGAAGUUAGAGGAGAGCUAGAAACUGAUACACCAGGAAGGAUCAGUUACAUACACUGGCUGUUUUCUAAGAUGUUGGCAUACAUAGCAUGACAGAUAUGCGCAGGGCAAAAAUGCAAGAGCACCUGGUGGGCUGGGUCAUUUUCAUUUUAAAAUAGCCCCUUGACCCCAAAUUAAGAAUCUGUCAUCUCAUGCUGCGGGGUCUUCCAGUCUGUGGCAGGGUAAGGUCACUGCUGGGGGUAAGGAACUUGGUGUCUCUCCUGCGGUUGUAGCUCCAGGGCCCACCUUAGGCCACCAUGCUUCUCAGCCUGGGGCAUGAGACCACCUGGAAAAUAGGUGGGAUUUGGUUUGAACUUUAAGAUUUCACAGUUGAUUUCCCUGCAACAUUUAGUAAGAUCAUGAGAUCCAGCAACCUGUCUGUUUCAUCUGACCAGUAACAUAAAUAAGACUAGGAUAAAACACAACACUGGUUCUCACCCAUUCAUCCCUGCAAUAGCUUUGUAGAUAGGUUGUUAAGUAUAUUAAUCUACAUAAUCUCCCUUCCUGGUGAUCCCUUCAAUGAUCACCUGAUUGAAGAAGCAGCAGGAGGAGGGAUAUAUAUUUUUUUCCAUUUUAGUAUUAAAGACCUUCCCUUCCCAAAGUCUGAAUUCUUUUAAAGUCUGGCUCCUUCUUUUGACAAGACCCCUAUACAUGUGGGUCCAGUCAAACUUGCAUGGCUGAACAAAGUACUAACAUAAUAUAAUUAAGUAACUUCUCCAUACUUUGGGGGAUGAGGGGUGCGUUCUCGUUAAA